AUGACAACCAUCAUGCAUACCAACCUCUUCUUGGCGGUGACGGCUUUCUUGUUGCACUCUGCCUCUGGUUUUGUUCCUUUUUCCUCCCAGACCAAGUUUCCAACAUCAUGUUGGUCGCCGCCAUCACAGUCUUCCUCUACACGGCUCUUCUUUGAACCCACCGUACCCAAUUUUUGCGGCAAUUGUGGCAGUUCCGAAAUGGUCCUGCAAAUACCACAAGGGGAUGAACGACUGCGAGCCUGUUGCAGUCAAUGUGAUUACAUUGAAUAUUCCAAUCCCAAGAUUGUGGCGGCUUGUGUCGUUCGGACAUUGGACGACGACGACAGUGUGCUCAUGGGCCAACGAUCCAUUGAACCCCGCAAGGGAACCUGGGGAAUCCCACAAGGGUACAUGGAGCAUGGUGAAACGUCACGAGAAGCGGCCGUGCGAGAAGUUUGGGAGGAAACGGGUGUUACCCUUGAUCCGGCCAGUCUUCAAUUUCGAGCCGUCUACAAUGUCCCUGGGUCGGUACAGUUGGUCUACGAGGCCAUCUUGACCGACGCGGAAGAAAUAUCCAAGGCAAAACAAGAAAUUGAAGACUACAACAAUAAUCACGGAAAAGAUACGGAGAGUCCCAAGGAAUCCCAACAAGUGGCACUACUGUCUAAGGCCGAGGUGGAAGACAAGGAAAUCUGCUUUCCAACCGUGCAAUGGGCGUUGGAUCAUUGCCGUUCCAACCCAAAAAGCAACAGCAGUAUACAACAAAUGACCAAAAUGUAUGACCCAGCAACCGAGAAAUGGAGUCAAUAUGAGGAUGAGGCGGUGCGAUAG